GCGACAAUGUCUCGGAAGUCAUGACGCGACGCGACAUGACGCUAGGCUGAGGCAUCGAUCUCUUCCAGAUUCUAACCUCUCCUUCCAUCUUCUGCGCACCCGCCAAAAUGGAUUAUUGGGCUCUCGAGGGGAGGUCAAAGAUCUUGACAGCUUUGGAAGCAGUCUGCGACACGGUUGAGAAAGACCUAGCUACCGUGAUCCGAGAAACAUAUCAAAGCCGCCACGCGUCUCUCUUGGAAGAGAUUCGCCAAUUGAGAGCAGUUGCUGCCAGAAAUGACCAACUCGAGCGGGAGAAUCAAUCACUAGUGCGGGAACUCGCGCAGCUUCGAGAUAAGAACCCUCAACAGAACGCCAAGUCGGCUCAGACGGGGCAUAAUGCACAACAGGCCGCACGACCUGUUCUUGCGGAGGUAUCCGCCAAUAGGAAGGCGGGCGUUUCAACUGCUUCCUCUUCAUCACGCGCUGAGAAGCCAGACUUGGGUGAAAUGUACUCCAGUCUCAGUAAGCGUUACACAGCGCUAAGGGAGCAAUACGAGAAAACCCAACGGGCAGCGAGAAAGUAUCGGGAUUCACAGCUGAAAUGGGUCAAGUAUGCUGAUUCACUCGAAGCCAAGAUCAAGAGACUGGAGAAGAAGCUCCAGCACGAUGAAGGCGACGAGGGCCGACUGCAAGCUGCUAGCUCGGCACGGAAGUUACUCAGGGAUCAGCCAACAGAUAUUGCCUCUGACGGGCCUCGUUCUAACAGGAUAGCUCCUACCUUGGGUUUGGUGCCCAACGCGGAACCAACCCCUGAGCCGAGGCCAGUGGAUAUUAGAAGCGCAGCAUCAACACCGGCAGCGACCGGGCCAGAAACGGGCCAUAGAGAGGACGGGGUCGCAGUUGACGAAGGGACGCUGAGCGAUAUGAAAAGAGAGUAUGAUCUUCCGCCGCUGCCCCCAUGCAUGGAUGCGGGGCGUGCGGUGGUAAUAAAACAAGAACCUUCUUCCGAUGGGCCCAUCAUUGUCUCGGAACGAACUCUACGCAAACGGAAGCACAAUGGUGACGAACCUGAGACACGGACCCCUUCUCGCAAAAUAAAGCGCGAGGGCAACCUCAGUUCAGACCCAGUCAUUACUGGCGAAGCUGUCACUUUCUCUCCCCAUGAGAGCAUCGACCUUGACGGGGACCGGGAGUACAUGCCCACACCCAGGAAGCAGCGCCCCUCAGAGCGCCGGGCUUCUGGGGAUGAAGAGGCGCCUGUACAAGGAGUGAACGGGAACUCCACUGCUCUACAUCGCAGUAGAGCACCCGCUGCAAACAGCGCAGCUGAGACACCAGCACCUCCUUUAGGUACGCACAGAGACCAUUCUCCGGCAUCAUUGCUGUCUCCACGCAAACCGGCAAGAGCAUCCGCAGGCAGCAAGCCAUCGAUUGGCCUCAAUUGGACGUUAGAUGGCGCGAUUGCCGAUGUUGCUGAGGAGGCCUUCGAAUCGUUCUUGUCCCCGCGACCACUGCAAGGAGGAGGAGAUCUGCCAACGCAUCUGCCAUUGGAACGCGGCCGCUUGCAUUCACUCUUGAAUCGCAACUCGCCGGAACAGGUUGCUUCCGUUCUUCGGACGGCUCGGUACCACCGUGACAGCCCCGAAUCCAGCACCAAAGCGUGCCCGGAUCUCAGAGCUAAGACAGUCACUCCGGUUCCUAAACAUGCUCAGGACAAAAGCGGCCCGACAAAGGGCAGUAGACUCCGGGACCGACCGCUGGCAGAACUCAGGGCCGAAGAGUUCAAGGUAAAUCCGAAGUUCAACGAUGGCUACAAGCACGCGUUUACCGAGGUGGUACGAAACAAAGGGGAGCGCGCCGAACUCUCUGGGUGUAUUGACCCAGCGUGCUGCGGAAAACAGUUCCGAGCUCUGGCGGAAUCAGAACUGGGCGCUGGUGGCCCCGGGGUACUGUCGCGAGAGGCGGACAUCAAAAUGGUAGAGGACUAUCUCGGCAACAAGUCCUACCUUAGUAUGACGCUGGAUCAGCAGCAAGAGGUAUGGCUCAAAGCUAAAACCCAGGACUUGGCGAACCGAUAUGGGCGGCACCGGCAGAGAUACGCGCGGAGGCCCUCCCCGCCAGGCUUCUGGAACCCCGAUUUCCCCAGCACACAGGAGAUUGCGAAAAGCAAGGAGGAAGCAGAGAAGAUUGAGAGGAGUGUGGUUGAGGAGAGAUGGCGAGAAGCAAUGCGCGGGGGAGGGAGAUGGCUCUUUCGGGACGAGUAAGCGUAUUGAGGACAGAUGAAUGUGGAAAGGGAGGUUUAAAAAGCCAAUGUAUGGGCAUUGGCAGCGCUUCGCACCAUGACCGAUGCUUGGUGGAUUGUUUUUGGCUAGCAAGGUUGCUCUUGAGUCUUGACCACCCGGGUCAGGGGCUGACAAUUCAUCUGAUUUAUAUUGUACCGUACAGCAUAAUACAGUAUUUGUAAGCCUG